UCCGUGUUAAUGUUUUACGGUCUUACCACAAUGAUCCCGAUUCCUUCUGAAAUAAAUAUAAUCAUAUGUGACAUGUAAUAUUACUUCCCUUUUGACUUUUGCUCCAAAAUAUAGGUAUUCAGAAACUAUUUGAAAAAUGCUGUAAUAUUAGGACUGGCUGUAUAUGUUGCAUGAAAGUAUUACGGGGCGUUAAACGCCAACCUUCGUGUGUUUUGAUACUGUUGCUCAUUAAUUUUGAAAAUAACACUUAGUGCUGUAGUGAUCAUAAUCGUUAAUAAAUUCGAUACCAACACGUGGCAGCGUAUUGUCAAAAUAGCAGUGCUGCACACGUUGAUGCAAGGAGUGGGCUACAUUAGUUUUAUCUAUUGAAAAUUCGGUAUGAAAUAUGAGUACUGUAAAACUGAUUUCAUCUACGAAACAUCACGGGGUGACAGUAGUGUUCAAAGUGGAAGUGUAUUCGAUUCAACGUUGCAAAAUACGUGGAAAGCCGCGUUGGAGCGUGGUGUCUUCCGAUACGCUUUAAAUAUACAACAUUCUAAAAUUCUAGAGGGAAAAUUUUCUUUUGUGGCACAGGUGAGAAACAAUAAAAGACCUAUAAGAAACGCUACAGCCUAUAUUGUUUUAUUAAUCUGGAAUUUUUGCAAAAACUGUCAUCAGUUAAAUACAGAUCGCGCUCUUAAAAGAAGGGCCCCCGAGGAAAUAACAAGCCUGACGCAGCCCUUUGACCAUGACAGAUUUAAUUUUACGAAAAUAGACGAGACUGAAAUACUUUUUGAGCUGAGAAGAAAAUGUGACACAUCAACAAAUAGGCAUUGUGUGAUAAUUAAUGAGAGCCCACUAGAGUUUGGGCAUUGUUUACUUUUACCCUCACGGCUGAACUGCUUACCACAAAUUGCUACACAACAUAGUCUGCAGCUGGCAAUAGAAAUUAUGCUUCUUAGUUCAAAUCCGGCAUUUCGUGUAGGUUUUAACAGCCUCUGUGGCUAUGCAUCUGUGAAUCAUCUCCACUAUCAUGGUUAUUACCUUAAUUACUCCAUGCUCCUGGAGCACAUUUCUGUGCAGCACUUGAGUGGCCCAUGUUUCAUACUGGUCAACUAUCCAGCGAAAGGAUUUGUCUUUCAGCUGCCAUCGGAUAAAUGUCCAGAAACCUUAGCAAGGGAUGUAUUCAAGCUAACAAAUUUUCUAGUAUGCAACAAUGUAGCACACAAUAUAUAUAUAACCAGAGGAACUGAUUUUUCCUCUUCGCAUACAAACUCUAAAAUUUGCAACACAGUCCGUGUUUAUGUGUGGGCGAGGAAAUCUUCUUCAGGAGCAAAACAAAAUGAUGCUUUCAAUCCUGCAAUAUGUGAGCUGAUUGGCCAUCUCAGUGUUAAAACAGAAGCAGCAUAUUGGUCUCUGACAGAAGAGCAGGUGGUUGAAAUGCUAAGUGAUGUUUGUGAGGGUCCUUUUGGACAGGUUACAGAUUCUGUGAAGGAAUUGUUUGAAGACUAAGACAGUGCUCAUUGUGUUCAGAUGAUGUGGCAUCCAGUGAUCAUGUUAAUUACAAAAUGUUAAAUGGUACAGAAUAAAUAAAUCAAAUAUUGUACAACUACUUAACA